GAGCACAAUCACUGGGGAGCAGGACCAUCCCUGAAAGGCAUCCCAAAGGCAGGGUGGGAGCCAGCAGGGCAGGAGCCAGCAGGGCUUAGGGCUUGCCCAGCACUUGCCCACAUGGCCCAGAGUGUGGUUUAUGCUGACCUGAGGUUUGCCAAGGUGAUGGGGGGACGGAGCAUGGCCAACCAGGUGCUGGAGGCAGCCCUCGGCAUGGACGAAGCAGAGAGCCCCUACGAGAAUGUGCAGCUGGUGCCAGUGGGGCAGGAUGGGGACGGGGCCCAGCCCAGCCCAGGGCACUGGUCCCGGCGUUGGUGCAUCCCUGUGGGGCUGCUGGCAACCUGCUUGCUGCUGCUGGUGGCCACUGUGGCCCUGGGGGCUUGCUACUAUCAGGUCACCCGCAGCCUGCGGGAUGCCUCCCGUGAGCAUGCGGCCGAGUGGGGCCGCCUCUCGCAGGAGGUGAGUGCACGGGAGCAGAGCCUGGAGCAGACACGGCUGGAGCUGGCGUGGGCCAGAGCGGAGCUACAGCGAGCAUGGCGGGAGAGCAACAGCAGCCAGCUGGAGCUGGGGAGCCUGAACGCCGAGCUGGCGCGUGUCAUGGGUGUCCUGGGGAAGACGGAGAAGGAGAUGCAGGAGGUGCAGGGGAAGCUCAACAACAGUGAGAGCACUGUGGCCAUCCUGCGCUCCUGCAUGGCUAUAGACUGCUGCCCCUCAGGCUGGCUGCUGUACAGGGGCAAGUGCCUCUUCAUUUCAUCGGAGAAGAAGACAUGGGAGGACAGCAGAGAUGAGUGUGAGAAGAAAUAUUCCCAGCUCCUGGUCACCAAAUCCUGGAGUCGCUGGACCAUGCCGACCUUCCCGAAGAAUGCAGACAUCCCAUACUGGAUUGGGCUGCAGAAGAGCAGCUUCCCCUGGUACGACUACGGCUGGCUGGAAGAAGGGGACCCGGACAGCGAGGGGGUCUCGGACGCCUGGUUCUGGGUGGAUGGUUCCCUUUACGAAAGGCCAUGGCAGUCAAAGUUGAAUGGGUCCUGUGCCAUAAUAAGCCACGGGAACAUCAAACCCACCCAGUGCGCCAGUCCUGAUGACCUGCACCUCUGGAUCUGCGAGAAGGCAGUGGGGCCAAGCUCCCCUUUCAUAUGAUGAUGGCCACUGGCCCUGGCACCACUGCGGUGAGUGUGCCCACGCCAGGCUCUGCCGUGCCCUGGGGUACAUGGAGCCCAUGGGGUGUGUGUGGAGGAAAGUGGGGAGCCUGAGCCUCUGCGUGGGGCAUGUUGACUCCUGGCUUGGCAGGAAAGGGAGAGGGAUGCAGGCACAUCCCCAUGCAGCCCCUGGUCUGCGGUAGCUCAAGAGACCCUCUCUCAAGCUGUGGGGCAGCAAAAGGGCAAGAUGGGGGAAACCCCUUUGCAAACUGCCUUCCCAGUCUCACUGCAUGUGGGGGAGGCUGGACGGCACCUCACCCUCACCCUCUGCCUUCCCUUGCAGCGCCUGUGCCCCAUGCUGCCUCUGCUUCAGCCUUGCUGCACCCUUGCCUGGGAUGUCCCAUCCAUGCAAGCAACCCCCUUCCCUCUUGAAGAUCCCUGUCCAGGGGCCACCUGGGUCCUUCCCGCCUGCUCCCCUGGCCACAGUGAUGCUCGGGCAUCACGCAGGCUGGGGGAGGUGGUGGCAGUGACUGUUCCCCCCCCAGCCGACAUGCUUUAGCAGAGUGGUACAGGC